CAGCCCAGGCGCUCCAUUCGCGCGGCAGCCCCAGUCUUAAGUGCGCAAUUCUCCUGCCUGAGUGAAAGGCCUCCUGGAGUCUCCAGGAGCCGGUACCCGUGAGAUUCAGGGGGAAACGUGGUAUCUGUGAGCAGAAGUGAAGAUGGACUGGUGUGGAGAUCCGGUGCAGGAGGCUCUCCUAGUUUUCUGACUCCAGAGCACCAGACAGAGGGCCGGUUCCCCGUUUCCAGCUUCACUCCCGAGUUCUCCUUCCUGGUCCACAGGAAAGACUUAAAACUGCAGAGGAGGCCAAGCUCCACACAGCCACCACUGCCCUUCGGAAUGGCCAACAGGGGACCUGCCUAUGGUCUGAGCCGGGAGGUGCAGCAGAAGAUUGAGAAACAAUACGAUGCAGAUCUGGAGCAGAUCCUGAUCCAGUGGAUCACUACCCAGUGCCGCAAGGAUGUGGGCCGGCCCCAGCCUGGGCGCGAAAACUUUCAGAACUGGCUCAAGGAUGGCACGGUGCUGUGUGAGCUUAUUAAUGGGCUGUACCCCGAGGGGCAGGCCCCCGUGAAGAAGAUCCAGGCCUCCACCAUGGCCUUCAAGCAGAUGGAACAGAUCUCCCAGUUCCUGCAAGCAGCCGAGCGCUACGGCAUCAACACCACCGACAUCUUCCAGACUGUGGACCUCUGGGAAGGAAAGAACAUGGCCUGUGUGCAGCGGACGCUGAUGAACCUGGGCGGGCUGGCGGUAGCCCGGGAUGAUGGGCUCUUUUCCGGGGAUCCCAACUGGUUUCCCAAGAAAUCUAAGGAAAACCCCCGGAACUUCUCCGACAACCAGCUGCAGGAGGGCAAGAAUGUGAUCGGGUUGCAGAUGGGGACCAACCGCGGGGCGUCCCAGGCUGGCAUGACCGGCUAUGGCAUGCCACGCCAGAUCCUCUGAUCCUGCCCACAGCCCUGCCCCCGCCCGCCGUGAAUGGUUAAUAUAUAUAUAUAUAUUUUAGCAAUGACAUUCCCCGAGAGCCCCGGGAGCUCUCACACUCCCGCCUGCCAGGGGGGGGGCCUGGCCUGUCUCCUCUUGGGGUGCCCGGCGGUGGCCUCUCCCCUGUGCUUUACUAAUACAUUCCUUUCUCCAGACCUACCAGAACUGGACCAAUGGACUUUUUUCCCUGGGACCAAAACUGAGGGGUGGGAGUUGCCCCCCCCCCCCACGCCCCUCUCCCCACCAAGCCUCUUCUCUUUUUCUCGGGCUUCCCCCCCACCACCCCAGCCCCAACAACCCGGGCUCUGCACCUUAGUCUGUUCCUUGGCUAGGGGUCAAGGAUGCUGCCUAAUGGCCCUCUCCCCACAAGUAUGCCUCGCCCCGCAGCCAUGGCUGCAGGGACUUAAUCUCUAGGGAGGGGCUGUGGCAGCUGCCACCCCAGUCCAGCUGGACUGCACUCACCACAGUUCUGGGGCAGCUUGCCCCGAGAGAGGCCCUCUGGCUUCUCAUUUUCCAUUCUUCUCUCCCAGCUAAGGGGUAGGGGUGAGGGGGCUGGGGAGGGAGGGUUGCCCACUGCGGGCUGGGGCUUGAAGAACCUGAGUUUGCUGAUUUAAAUAAAGAAUCUCUGUCUUUUUUGA